CCCUCAAUACCUAGGGCUUUAUGCACUGCAAUGUGGUGAACACGGUAGACUGACUUACCUGAAGCCUUUUUUUUUCUGCUGGGGGCAUAAGGGGGGGUUUGGAAUUAUUUUUGCACAAAUGGUCUAAGAGAUAACACUGGAUGGACAGUCCAACUACAAUCAAGACGGUCAGCUCAGGUGGAGGUGCUGGAGGAAGCAGCAGAGUGGUCACUAAAUCAGUCACCUCUACUAGACUGACAUCACAAAGUGAUCUUUCUGUGAGUGUAGGUGGGUCAGGUGGAAGAGCUGCGUCAGGAGGCUCUGGCAGCACAAGCAGCUCAGUUGUGAUCACAUCCACCAACUCACACGCCAGCUCCCAUGCCACCAGCUCCGGUGGAUCCGGAGCAAGCAAGGGCACCGGAGGCAUCAGCAUCACUACUGUAGGAGCAUCCUCUGCUGUAUCCUCAGGUGGAGGGAGUUCAGCAGCCUCUGGGGGCUCCGGGGCAGGAGCGGGGUUCAGGGCUGCUGGAGAGGGGUCCUCUAGCAUGGCCUACAGUUUUGCGAGUAGUGGCAGAGAAGUGAGGAGGGAGGGGGGUCUAGGUGCUGUGACAGUUUCAACAGUGACCAAGACCAGCUAUGGUUCAGGUGGAUCUGCAGAAGCGAAGAGAGGAUCGUCCUCGGCAAUUACUUAUUCACCUGCUCCAAAAGAGAGGAAGAACAUGAUCACUAUGGCAGCAGCUCUCUCAGACGUCUUUGAUGAAAGUUCAAGCACAAACUCUUCUCCAGAGUACAACAGGAAGGAGUACAGCACAUCAAAUGCAACUUCAAGUUCUGCCACCAGAGGGAGAACUCAGAGCAAAGAGAGUGAGAUCAGAGCCAGACUUCAGAGUGCUUCUCCUACAGCCAGUUGGACGGAGCUGGAUGACGUGAAGCGUCUGCUGAGAGGAAACCCAUCCACCAGCACCAGCCCCGCUCAGUCCCCCAACAACACCCUGCCCAUCCCCAAGAAGGCCAGUGUGGAAACCAGGACCAUGUCUGAGAGCUCCACCGCAGACCACUAUGGCAGCAUUUGGUCUGGAGGUGUGAGCAGUAGCUACAGUUACAACAGCAACCCCAACAACCUGUCCACUACUUCCACCCUUUACCAGUCAGGCGUUCAGAACAACCUGACGCUCAGCUCUGCCUCUGCGAACAGUGGAUUAUCUGCCAGCAGCUCUGCUCCACUGUAUGGUGUUCAGAAUAAUCUGGUCUGUACCAGCCCCGCUGUUCUCUCUCCCACUGGAACCAACACACAAAUAGUGUAUGGUGUGCAGAAAAAUGUCUCUGGCACUGGAAUAAGCUCAACCAUAGUGAGACCCAGCAGUCCCACUAAUGACGAAGCCUCAGGAAAAGACUUUAAGUUUGUGCUGAUAGAGAAGGAAAAUGCUCCUGUCAAGAAGGAGACAGAGAGACUGGUCAUGACCAAAGACACGGGGAAACAGUUCAUGUCUGCUCCACCUUCUACUGCUUCUGCAACCUACUCUGAGGACUCACUGAAGAGGGAGAAACAGAAGCUAUCAACCAGCACAGUGGACGAAGGAACAGAUGCUAAAUCUUCAACCCUGAAAGCUGCCACAAAAGACAAAGCCACGUAUGCAGAGAUCCGUAAAGAUGAAUCAGGCUUUGGCUUCUGCUCCUGCUGUAGCUGGUGGAAGUGGCUGCUGGGCCUCCUGUUGAGCCUGCUCCUCCUCCUCGGACUCCUCUUUGGACUCAUCGCUUUGGGUGAAGAGGUGAAACGCCUCAAGAACCGCGUCGAUGCUUUAGAAGCCAUCACUGGCGCGGCCUCCACCAGUCGCCUCAUGGGCUCCUCAAGCAUCAACAUCGUCGACCCGCUGGAUUCGUCGUACAUCGACAGGAGUUCCUCUGGGUCCACCCUGACCCGCUCGGAUAACACAAUCAACUUGGGGCCUUCUGGGCCAGGAGGAGGUGCGGGGAGUGGACUGGGACAAGACAACGCUGCCCUGCAGAGAACUGUCCAGCAGCUUGUCAGGGCUGAACUCCGCUCAGAUGCUGUGAGAGAAACACUUGCAUUCUCUCUAAAAGGAGAGAGAGGAGAGCCAGGACCUAAAGGGGAUCCAGGGCCACUAGGGCAGAAAGGUGAUAGCGGCUUUCCUGGCCUACCAGGUCCUCCUGGGCAGAUGGGUCACCCAGGACUGGAUGGACCCAGGGGACCAAAGGGAAGUGCAGGUGAACCAGGUGCCGAGGGACCACCGGGACAAAGGGGCCGGGAGGGCCCGAUGGGCCCCCGUGGAGAGGCUGGACCACCUGGAUUUGGAGAGAAAGGAGACAAAGGAUCUCAAGGUGAGCCAGGACGUCCAGGUCCUCCUGGUGCUGCUGGACCUGUGGGGCCGAAAGGUGCCAUGGGAGAGCAUGGUGCCUCAGGAAGUCCUGGUGCUCCUGGUCCAAAGGGUUUCCAGGGUGAAGCAGGAGUUCCAGGAGCAAAAGGUGACCGAGGAGCUCCAGGACAGGCAGGAAUCAAGGGAGAUCAGGGAGAGAGGGGACCACGUGGACCAACAGGUGAACCAGGACAGCCUGGACCACAAGGCCCUGUUGGACCAAAGGGAUCUAAAGGAAUUGCAGGUGACACAGGUCCAAUGGGACUUCCUGGUAUGAGAGGACCACCUGGACUUCCUGGAGAUGGUGGUCCCCCAGGCACUCCUGGACUUCAGGGACCCCCAGGUAUUGCUGGAAAUCCAGGACAGCCUGGUAGUAAAGGUGAACCUGGUUUGCCUGGUAAAGUCGUCACUCCAAUUGGUUCUGAUUCUGUGGCCAUCCCUGGACCUCCAGGGCCUGCAGGGCCUCCAGGCCCUGCUGGACCCCCUGGUUUGUCUGGUCCCAUUGGCCCUGCUGGUGUUCCAGGACAACCUGGUCCUAAGGGAGCACAAGGGGAGAAAGGGGAGAAAGGAGAAAAAGGAGAAAAAGGAGACAAGGGUGAGCUAGGAAAACCUGGCGAGCCUGGCAUCAGCGUCACAAAUUCAGAAACUGUCAGUGCCACCCAAACCGACAAACUUUCCUCAGCGGCAGGGCUGCCUGGUCCACCAGGACCCCCAGGUCCCCCAGGACCACCUGGUCUUCAGGGUCCUCCUGGUGAGACUAAACAGGGUCCUCCAGGACGCAGAGGUCCCCCAGGAGAGCCAGGUGUUGGUUUACCUGGUCCCCAAGGAGAGAAAGGAGAACCUGGCAGCUUUGUGCCUACAUCAGAGACCUUCUUUGCUGGACCACCAGGACCUCCAGGACCCCCAGGCCCAAGGGGCGGAGCAGGUGAACGAGGACCACAAGGGUUUCAAGGUGAACCAGGACAACCAGGUCUGCCAGGAAGUCCAGGGGAACAAGGUGUUGGUUUCCCAGGUCAGCCUGGACCAAGGGGGCCUCAGGGACCAGAAGGCCCGAUUGGCCCUCAAGGUCUACCAGGCCCACAGGGCCCAGAGGGGCGACAAGGACCUAAAGGUGAUGCAGGAGUCCCUGGUGCCCCAGGAAUCCCAGGAGUCUCAAGUGGUAGUUCAUUCAGUCCAGGCCCUCCAGGCCCCCCUGGACCACCUGGUGCACCUGGAAGAGAUGGAAGUGGGACUGGAUCAGCUGAUGUGGGCCAGUACAUUGCAGAGUACCUUCAGAGUGGUGGCUUCAGGGAGUACCUGGCUGGACCUCCUGGACCUCCGGGUGUUCCAGGAGCCCCUGGGCCUGCUGGGGAUGUGUUGGUGGAUGAUGUGGCCAAUAGAGUCAUUGCCUAUAUCCAGAGUUCAGGUAGAGGAUAUGACGGGACUCCUGGUCCUCCUGGUCCUCCAGGUCCACCUGGUUCCAUCUCUGUUAACGAUGUUAUCGACCUAUUGCAAAGAGAGGAUGUGAGGAGAUAUGUUGCUGGUCCUCCCGGGCCACCAGGACCUCCUGGAGGUCCAGGUCAUGGCAGCUACAGAUUUAACACGCAGGAAGUGGCUGAACGCGUCCUCAGCCUCAUGAAUGAGAGGGGGGUGGUAGGUGUCCCUGGACCCCCUGGACCUCCUGGGCCUCCGGGUCUUCCUGGAAACUUGAUAUCAACUGGGUAUCAAGCACAUGUGGGCCCUCAGGGCCCUCCUGGUCCUCCAGGUAUACCUGGUCCACCUGGACCAGUAGGACCACCUGGCCCACCAGGAUUUGGGAACUACAUCAGCUCUGAUAUUCGUGACUACCUGCAAAGUGUCACCUUCAGAGGCUCUCCAGGCCUCCCUGGUCCCCCUGGUCCCCCUGGACCUGAGGGCCCCCCUGGUCCAGUCCGUGGACUGGUUUCCUAUGCUGAACAUGCCAACAGAGAGUCACAGUCAUUUAAAGUGGAACAACAAGAUUAUGCCAAGAGUGAUGGUCUCCCAGGUCCUCCUGGACCCCCAGGACAUAAGGGAGAACCUGGUGUGCCAGGUGCCAGAGACUGGAACCUGGAUACUGGUGACUACUCCACGAUGGCCGCCAAAGUAACUGAUUACAUCAAAUCCCAUGGUCUGCUCCGUGAUGUUCUGAGGGACUAUGAACAUGUUGCCCAAGGACCUCCCGGACCUCCUGGACUUCCUGGAAUACCUGGACAAAGCCAGUGGGUUAGUUCCCGUGAAAAUGUCGUGGACGUGGUGGAAUAUCUCAAAUCUCGUGGUGUGCUGCAUGAUAUUGUCAGGGACUACAACAGUCGUGUCUUCCAAGGUCCUCCAGGACCGCCUGGCCCCCCAGGUCCUCCAGGACAGAGCCGAUGGUUUGGUUCACAUGGAAAUGCCACAGAACUGGUGGAAUACAUUAAAUCACAUGGAGCCAUUGUAGGACCACCUGGGAGACCGGGACAGAAAGGGGACAUGGGAUUCCCAGGCCUAAAAGGAGAGAAAGGUGAAGAAGGCCUUCCUGGGCCUGAGGGACGCAGAGGACAGAAGGGAGACAGAGGAGAAUUCAUGAUGACGACUCAAAGAAGGAGGAGGAGGAGGAAUGCUGGUGUUUGAGUGACAGGUUACUGAACAUGUGAACAUAAAGAUGGUACACGUACUGAGGCACGCACUGGAUGCUGUUCACCAACUUCUGUUUUUCUAAGGGAUAUUACUGUAUUUUCAACAUUUUCUGUGUUGAGUUGUGUUUGUGAAAUCAGGGAUUGUGUAUAGCUUUGAACUGAGGGGUGUUAUUCAGUGUGGCGACAUCUUUUAUUGUGUGGGCCUGAAUGAAGAGCUGACCUUUUCUUACCUUUUUAUUACAGCUGGUAUUUUCUCCUCAGCAAUGUUUUAUAACAAAUAUUUAUAUAUUUUUUUUCUUUCUAUAGAAUUAAGUGUUUUUUUCAUAGAUGUUCAUCAUCAGCGAGAUCAUUACCACGGUUUUACCACAUGGGAUCAAAUCAAGGACUAAACACUAAACUGUAGUAGAGAGGAAACGGUUUAUUUACAGCAAAAUGAAAAUCUACAUUACACAGACAAUCUAAAAACUAUACUUUUUUUUUUUUUAAAAAUGCAUAAUGAUUUUGAUAUGGAUCACUUUUUUUUUUUUCAGUCGACAUUCAGAAUUGAAUCAGUUUACAGUUUAGAGAAUCUAGCUGACAAACAACAACAACAACAACUGACAGGACUGGAUUUGUAAUUAUAUUUUUGUACGCUGCAAACCUCCAGUAGGUGGAGAACAUAAGCUAAAGCACAGGUGCUGCAGUGUGGGUUUUCACAUAAAUAGCUAUUGAGAAAGUUUUGCAAAUGGUGCACAGCACUCCUUCAUUAUGUUUUUGUACAUAACAGCUCAAUUUUUAAAUACACUGGACUAACUUUAAAGCCAAUCGUACAGAAAAUGAGAUGAUGAAAUGAACCAAUCAGAAGUCAAGAUGGCCUAAACCAGUCAGGUCCACGUCAUGCACCAACUGCCUCAAAUAUUACACUGCCUUAGCAUCAUUCAUAAAACAUCAGCCUAAAUAAAAAAAAAAAAAAACACAUUUGCCAAAUGCCCAUGUUCUGUUUUUGUUUGUUUGAAGUUAAUUAUUCUGAAAUUGUUAAUAUGCUUCAUAAAACCGAGAGUCUGACCAAAGUCUUUAAAGGUCAUUACAGGUCAUUCACCUCUGAAGGGUUAAGGCUAUUAGCUAGCAUGUCCAUGAAAACAGUAUUAUCAUUUCAAUAAAAACAAGAAACAACAGCCAUGCGGGCCUACCCAUAAUACACCUGGUGGCAAAGUAGCUCAUGAGGAGGCAUCUGAAGAAAACCGAAGCGAAUACAAAGGAUGCAUCAUGAUGAGCUGUGACUGCAGCUGCAGGUCGGGACAUUUCUGUGUGAUUCAGCUGAGCUGAAAGCUGUUUGCAGUUUGAACUCGCUCCGUGAGUUUAGUGACACAUGGGCCUCAGAAACUCCUCAAAAUGCUAGAAAUGUGACAGAACUGAUGGACAUCAAUGAUAAAUUGCAUUCUUUAUUCAUCCCUGAAGAACUUGCUCCUAUAGAUACAUAACUUUUGCUUGAUAAUAAUAAAGUGGUGUCACCUUAAAAAAAAAAAAAAAAAAAAAGACAGACAUAAUAUAAAUGCUUGUUCGACAGCUAUCACUGUGAU